AUGAGUGGUGACAAGCAAAAUCUCAAUGGCUCUGGUCCGGCUCGAAAUGGCGUCAACGGUGCGGAUGACGUUGAUAUGAAGGAUGAAUCCCAAAAUGCAAAGAAAGGCACCAAAGGGUCAAAAGAUAAAGACGGAGACAGCGAUAUGACGGUCGUUGUUCCGCCCUCGAAAGGCUCAAACACUCCGAGCGCUCCUUCGAAAGCGACUGAGGCUGAUCUGACAAAUGGCGCCGUUGACGGCGACGUCGAGAAAGAAGCCGAAGAACCGGUCGAUCCCCAAGAAAAGGCGAUAGAAGAGAUAAAGGCCAAUUUGCCAUUGUUGGAACGUGCCGUCAGUCAGUUCGAUCCUCGAUUCAGCUUGAGAGUCCUUCGAUCAAUACCUUCCGUCCGCAAGCACCUGACGGCCUACGUGUUGGCCACCGUCGUCACCGAAACAUAUUCCAGCCCUACUGCAACGGCCAUCUCACUUCUCAGCGCCGUCAAAGACGAUCCGACUUUUCCCUCCCAGAAAGCAGAAGAAUGGCAUAGCAAGAAAGAUGCGUCACCCCCAAAGAACUCGCAGAAAGAAGUCCUACCAGAAAUCGACGUCUACCUAUCCAUUCUAGUGCAAGUGCAUCUUUACGAUAAGAAGUCCAUCAAUGCCGGUGCUCAAUUCUCAAGCGCGCUGGUCGAACAUCUGCGCACCUUGAAUCGUCGGACACUGGAUUCACUGUCUGCACGUGUGUACUUCUACUAUGCUCUUUUCUAUGAGGAGGUUGCACCACAGCCCCCUUCACCUGCCGCCGCACUCAUUUCCAUCCGCAAAACCCUGCUCGAUGCGCUGAGAACUGCAACGCUACGGAAGGACCAAGAUAUACAAGCCUCGGUAACAACACUACUUCUGCGGAACUAUCUCUCUACUUCUCAUAUCACUCAAGCCGACCUGCUGAUAUCACACACCAAGUUUCCCGAUACUGCUGCCAACAACCAGGUGGCCCGUUACUUGUACUACCUGGGUCGCAUUCGAGCGAUCCAGCUGCAGUAUACCGAAGCUCACGAAUACCUGACUGGAGCGACACGGAAAUCGCCAACAGCAUACAAGGCCAGCGGAUUUUACCAGGCGUCCACCAAAUUGCUCAUUGUCGUCGAGCUUCUGAUGGGCGAUAUCCCUGACCGCGCGAUCUUCCGUCAGCCCAGCCUCGAAAAGGCGCUCGAACCAUAUCUUCAGCUCGUGCAAGCUGUCAGCUCAGGGGAUGUGACUGGCUUUCAGAACCUGGUUCAGCGAUACAGCGCAACCUUCCGAAAGGAUGACACCUACACUCUCAUUCUGAGAUUGCGGCAAAAUGUCAUCCGGACAGGUAUCCGAAUGAUGUCUCUUUCAUAUGCCAGAAUCUCUCUGCGAGACAUGUGUCUUCGAUUGGGACUGGACAGUGAAGAGUCGGCAGAGUACAUUGUUGCAAAGGCUAUUCGCGAUGGGGUCAUUGAAGCGAGUCUCGACCAUGAGCGUGGGUACAUGAAGAGCAAGGAGACGGGCGACGUCUACGCUACAGGAGAACCCGGCGACGCUUUCCACGAUCGGAUCCAAGCUUGCCUAGCUCUACACGACGAGAGCGUGAAGGCGAUGCGUUUCCCCAUGAACCAACACCGAUUAGAGCUCAAGAAUGCCCAAGAGGCUCGUGAGCGCGAACGUGAGCUAGCGAAGGAGAUUGUGGAGGGAGAGAUGGACGAUGACGAUGCGCCUGGUGGUGAUUUCGACGGGAUUUGA